AUGGUAUUUAAAUUUAAUUUUUGUUUAUUUUCUAAAGAAAGUAUUCCAACUUCUAAUCGAUGCAGAAUACGUACAAGAACGAUUUCAAACUCGAAGGCUGACGAAGAGGAUGUUUUUAUGACUGAGACUGGACGAAAAGUUUAUACAAAAGGACGUCCUCCCUGGUAUGAUAGAGCUGGAAAACGUCUAAAAAAGUCUUAUUUAAUUGGAAUUUGUGGGGGCUCUGCUUCUGGUAAAACAACUGUCGCCCAAAAAAUUAUUGAGAGAUUGGAAAUGCCUUGGGUAACUGUACUUGCUAUGGACUCUUUUUAUAAUGUUUUGAAUGAAGAACAACACCAUUUGGCUGAUAAACAAGAAUAUAAUUUUGACCAUCCAAAUGCUUUUGACUUUGAUUUACUUUACGAAACACUUUUACGUUUAAGAGAUGGCAAAUCAGUUGAAGUUCCCGUCUACGAUUUUACAACACACAAACGUUCAAAAAAUCCAAAAUUAAUGUAUGGCGCUGACAUUUUAAUUUUUGAGGGAAUUCUUUCUUUUCAUACACCGGAAAUUGUAUUUGUUGACACUGAUUCUGAUACUAGAUUGGCCCGUCGUUUACAAAGAGAUAUUUCCGAAAGGGGAAGAGACGUUGCUGGUGUUUUGGAUCAAUAUAUCAAAUUUGUGAAACCAGCAUUUGAUUCUUUCAUUGCUCCAUCAAUGAAACAUUCUGAUAUAAUAGUGCCGAGAGGAGGAGAGAAUUUGGUGGCGAUUGAUUUAAUUGUUCGGCAUAUUAAAAAUCAACUGACUGAACGAGGUUAUUAUGGUUGUCAACACACUCGAAAUGGUUCUUCCCCUUCACUUCCUGAAUCCCCUUCUAGUAUUGAACCUCCAGUCAAAUUACCUUCUUCACUUCAUAUAAUAAGAAAUUGUUCUAGUGCCAAAAAGUUUCAGGCUUUCCUUCGCUCUUGGAAAGAUAAUGGAAAAACAAAUAUAAUGGAAGAAGUGAUGAAACAUGCAGAAUUAAUUCUUCCUGAAUUGAUUGAACAGGCAUUGAGUUUGUGUGGUAGUCAACAUGAAAUUGUGCAAAUGCAAAAUACUGACAAUGACAACAACGUUAAUGGCCAAAAAUAUAAUGGAAAAGUUUGUGGAGUUACAAUUAUGGUUACUGGCGAUUCAUUAGAAAAAUCUCUUCGGUCUUUAACUGGAAAAUUUGGAACCCUUUUAAUUCAAACAAAUGAACAAACACAGGAUCCAGAACUUUAUUAUUUGCGUUUGCCAAAGAAAUUGAAUCAAUACAAAAUUAUUUUGAUUGACACAACUGUUUUGACUGGCGCUGCCGCAAUAAUGGCUAUUCGAAUUCUUUUGGACCACGAUGUUCGUGAAGAAGAUAUUUUGUUUGUUUCUUUACUUAUGACAGAAGCAAGUGUUCACUCAUUAGCUUAUGCAUUCCCUAAAGUCAAACUUCUAACAACUGCAGUCCAUCAUACAUUAAAUAAACAAUUUAGUGCUAGAUGUCGUUCAAAUAAUUUUGGUAAAAAGUUAAAAUAA